GAUGCGCUUGGAGAAGAAAUUUUGCGUAUGUCGUCUGACGAAAUUGUCAGUCGCACAAGACUGCUUGAUAAUGAAAUUAAGAUCAUGAAGAGUGAGGUCAUGAGGAUUUCCCAUGAACUGCAAGCUCAGAAGGAGAAGAUAAAAGAAAAUGCAGAAAAGAUAAAAGUGAACAAGACCUUGCCAUAUCUUGUUUCAAAUGUUAUUGAGCUCUUAGACAUGAAUCCAGAAGAUGAAGAGGAAGAAGAAGGAGCAAAUGUAGACUUGGAUUCUCAGCGUAAGGGAAAGUCUGCAGUCAUUAAGACAUCAACACGUCAGACAUAUUUUCUUCCUGUAAUUGGAUUGGUUGAACCCUCAGACUUGUCGCCUGGUGAUCUUGUGGGUGUGAACAAAGAUUCAUAUCUGAUUCUGGAAAAGCUACCAGCAGAAUUUGACUCACGUGUGAAAGCAAUGGAGGUGGACGAAAGACCAACUGAGCAAUACAGUGACAUUGGAGGUCUUGACAAGCAGAUUCAAGAGCUAGUGGAAGCCUGUGUUCUACCACUCACACACAAGGAGCGCUUUGAAAAUCUUGGAAUUCAGCCUCCGAAAGGGGUGCUGCUGUACGGCCCACCGGGUACCGGCAAGACACUAAUGGCUCGUGCGUGUGCGGCGCAGACCAAGUCUACCUUCCUAAAGCUCGCCGGCCCGCAGUUGGUACAGAUGUUCAUCGGUGACGGAGCCAAGCUGGUGCGCGAUGCGUUUGCACUCGCAAAGGAGAAAGCUCCAACCAUCAUCUUCAUAGAUGAGCUUGAUGCCAUCGGUACAAAGAGGUUUGACAGUGAGAAGGCUGGCGACAGAGAAGUGCAGCGAACCAUGCUGGAGCUGCUCAAUCAGAUGGAUGGCUUUAGUUCGCAUUCUGAUAUCAAGGUGGUUGCGGCCACAAAUAGAGUGGACAUUCUCGAUCCAGCACUGCUGCGGUCCGGUCGUCUGGACAGGAAGAUAGAAUUCCCUGCUCCGGAUGAAGAAGCACGGGCACGCAUUAUGCAGAUCCAUUCCAGGAAGAUGAAUGUGAGUCCUGAUGUCAACUAUGAGGAGCUGGCUCGAUGUACGGAUGACUUCAACGGAGCCCAGUGCAAAGCGGUUUGUGUGGAAGCGGGAAUGAUAGCACUGAGAAGGGAAGCAUUCGAAGUGACUCACGAAGACUAUAUGGACGCCAUCUUGGAAGUACAGGCCAAGAAAAAGACAAAUCUCAACUACUAUGCUUAGAGAAACACGGUCGAAUAGUGUAAAAUGACAACUAUUUGCAGGCAGUAGUCAGAUCAAGUCUAAGAAACACUGCAUAAUUAGACCUCCCUUGGAUUUAUUAUAUAUACACAUGCCUAUAUACAUGCGUCCAUACGUGUGAGCAUGUGUGUCAUGUCUGGUUUAAACCAUGGACAUGUAUUUAUACAGGUGAGGAAAUAACCGUUCGUAGGUUGUGCGUGAUUUAUGUCAGCGUGCGUAUGGAAAAGUCGAGGCAUAGUAUUGAUGAUUACUAAAAUGUUUUGGCUUUUACACCAGUCUACUAAAGCAUUAUAUAGAAUUCAAAAGUAAUUCAUUCAUAGAAAUGCCUGUAAUGUGUAAAUAUAUAUUACUUCAAUCGAAGUGAUUUUUCAGUCGAGGUUCGAUAAAACAAAGUGCAACACAAAAACUCUGUACAUGCUAUGCCAGAAAUAUUUCCCAUUGUCAUGUACAAGUAUGGAAUAAUAAAUUCAUUGCAUCGUGAACAUUCAA